CAAAAUGCGAAUUUCUAGAGUGGUAACUUUCUGCAUUCUGAUUAGCUUGGCCAAUUUCGUUGUUGGUCAGACUUUUACAGAAUGCGGUGGAAUUCUUGUCGGACCAGGCGGGACUAUAUCGUCACCAAACUACCCCAGCAUCUACCCCAACAAUGCCAGAUGUAACUGGACAAUCACAGCUCAGCCAAACGAGAUUAUAAAUCUUGAGUUCAAAACUGUAGAUUUCGAUGGCUACGUGGACGCGUGCCCAGAUUAUGUCGUUAUUUAUGGCGGAGACAGCAUACGAUCACCUGUUAUACGGCAGCUAUGCAGGUCCAACACAUCAACGGGACUGGCUGAUUUUUACGUGCGUUCAACAUCAAAUAAAGUUUAUGUUAAUUUUACAUCAGACGCUUACAAUCAGAGACAAGGAUUCUUGGCCAACUACUGGACUCAUGCUUGUCCCCCAAUGACUUACGGUCCAGAAAGAUGUACACAAAACUGUGGCUGUGUGGUUGAACACACUGUGUAUUGUAACAACUUUAACGGCUCGUGCACCUGUAAGAAAGGAUGGACGUCACCUACCUGUGGAACCGACGUUGACGAGUGUGCUGAUCCCCUCAUUGAAGCUUGUCCACGAAAUUAUCAAGUGUGCAGGAAUAAUAUUGGAGGUUUUGAUUGUGAUUGCCAAGCUGGAUUAGUGAAAAAUCCUGUUACUGGAGCUUGCGAAGCUGACUCAAGUAGACCAUGCACCGGUGCUUGUCCUGGCUUAUGUGGGAAGAUAACUCUUCCAGGGCAGGUCACUCCAACAGAGCAGUGCUACUGUCCGUACAACACUAAGUUGGUUGGGAAUCAGUGUGUCGAAUGCACUGGUCUAACGUAUGGAAGAAACUGUGAAAGGAGUUGCAGUACUUGUGUCAAGAAUAACACCCAACGUUGUGACAAUGUCACUGGUCAGUGUAUCUGUUUACCUGGCUGGUCAGGCAGCACAUGUGCUGAUGACGUCGAUGAGUGUAGCUUUAGUGGCAACCUCAAGGUUUGCAGGGAGACAACUGGCAAUUAUUAUUGUGUGAACACCCCAGGAAGCUAUAGAUGCGAUUGCUUUCAGGGUUUUGAAAAGGCACCAAACGGAACAUGUGUGAGAGCAGAUUAUGCCAGUGGUUGCAAACAACUUAUUGAUGCAACGGAUGAAAAACAGAUACUGAAAAAUCCUGGCUACCCAACAUAUAUCAACAACACUGUCUGCUAUUGGGCAAUAAACGCGCCUGUUGGAUACAACGUUUCUUUAAGGUUUACAGAAGUCUCACUGGAUACCCAAGGCAAAUCCUUUCUUAAAGUAUACAAUCCCAAAAGUGCUUUUUUAGAUGUCAAAGGACCAUUUUCCGGGACAACAAAUCCAAAUCCAAUAACAUCAACAGAAAACAUUGUAUACGUUUUGUUGCAGUCAGAUGGAUCUGUAGCAGGAAAAGGUUUCAAUGCCACAUUUCUGAGAUGCCUUCCAUUUUACUAUGGUGAAGAAAAAUGUACCACACCAUGCAACUGUGUCAAGAACAACACACAAUAUUGUGACAGUUUUAACGGGUCAUGUACCUGCUACCCUGGGUGGCAAUCAGCUACAUGUGCUGAUGAUGUCGAUGAAUGUCUUAGUAAUCCUUGCUAUCUCACUGAAAAAUGUGUGAACACUGUAGGAAGUUAUAGAUGCAUACCUGCUCAGUGUCUUUCUAUUGAUAAAAUGGCCAAGUUUGUUCGUCUUGCCUGA